AGAAGGGGUUGGCCCAUUGAGUUCUCCCACGAUGUCCCAGGCACUUCUUCUCUUCAUAGUCCUGAUCUGUGUCGGCCCCAGCCUUCAACAACUGCAGAACCUGAAGAAUCCAGAAUUUGUAUCCCCUGGGGGCACAGUCACCAUAUCUUGUCGAUACGAUGGUGGAAAUCUUGGGGAUGGCAACUACCCUUGGUGGUCCCAGCAGACACCUGGGAAUAAACCUCGAUCACUGAUCUAUCACACCAGUACCAGGCCAUCGGGGGUUCCAGAACGUUUCUCUGGGUCCAGAUCAGGGAACGUGAUGUCCUUGACUAUCACUCGGGCUCUGCUUGAAGACGAAGCCACCUACUAUUGUUCCGUCUGGACGGGUAGUCAGUUCCACAUUCUUUACCUUUGUCCUUCAACUACAUCUUUCGACAUUUUGGGGGAGAAACUGUUGUUAUUUUUCUCCCUAGAAGGACCUUCCUUGCCAAAGUUGACCAUGGGUUGGGCUGUGGUCCUCCUUGCACUCCUCACUUACUGCACAGGCAUUGAUGGUCAGUCCACUGGGACUCAGCCCCCUACCAGCUCUGUGGCCUUGGGAGGAACGGUUCAAAUCACCUGCGCUACUGUUCAGAGUGGCUACUGCAUUCACUGGUAUCAACAGAAAUCUAGAGGAGCCCUUCGUUAUGUCCACUGUGAUUGCUGCAACAGGGGAGAAGGGAUCCCAGAUCGGUUCACUGCCACCAGAUCUGGGAAUACAGGAUCUUUGACCAUCACCAAUGCGCAGGGUGAAGACGAGGCAGAUUAUUUCUGUGGGAGAUGGAACAGUGCUCGUAACAUGUUUCACGGUGGUACGUUCUUAUGGGGAAGUGUGACAAAAUACUUCACUCUUCUUCUUCAGCCUGAAACCAAAGCCAAAGUACAUGAUCUGAUCUCCUGCACAACAACUCAGAGUUCCCACAGCAUCUUCUGGUAUCAACAAAAAUCAGGAAAAUCACCUCACUAUGUCCACUGUGAUGGCUGCAGUAGCAGGGGAGAAGGGAUCCCAAAUCGAUUCACUGCCACCAGAUCUGGGAGUACAGGAUCUCUGGCCAUCACCAAUGCACAGGCUGAAGACGAGGCAGAUUAUUACUGUGCUAGCUGGAACACAGGAGUUACUCAGUUGCACGGUGGUGAAUUCUUAUGGGGAAGUGUGACAAAAACCUCUGAAGCUAAAUGCAACAUACCUUGA